AUGGCUUCUGAUGUUUCUCCUCCAUGUGAGGAAGAGGAGAAGGUGAGGAGGAGGAGGAAGAGUAGGGAGGUGAGGAAGAAGAAGGUUCAGGCAGAAGACAUUGAGGAGUUGACAUCAGCCGGUCACAGAGCUCUGCAGGAGGGGCGGAGCCGAGACGCCGUGAGCUGCUUUAACACUGCGCUACAGGCUGCUCAGCAGGUGAGCUCAAAGGUCACAGGGGUUGUCAGGAUUGGCUGUCGUGUUUUUAUGGUGGUCGAUUUCCCAUCAUGCUCUGCUCCACAGCUGGAGGACAGGAGAGUCCUACGCGCCUGCUCCUUUAACUUGGGUGCUGCAUACGUGGAGGCGGGGCAACCGAAGAAAGGUCUGGAUAUCCUGCAUCAGGCUCAGCCCGGUCCAAAGGCCGACUGCCUCCCAGACCUACAGUUUAACCUGGGCCUGGCCCACAAUGCACUGGGGCAGAGCAGAGAGGCCGCCACCUACUUCCUGCAGGCUGCUCAGCUGUACAGGUCACAGGGAGACGGGAAGAACGAGGGCGACGCCUGCGUGGAGCUGAGCCGCUGCUACAGCCAGACACGGGUCAGAACCAGAACUACAGUCAGAACCAAAAACUAGAGCCAGAACCAGAACUACAGUCAGAACCAAGAACUGUAGUCAGAGCCAAACUACCGUAAGAACCAAGAACUACAGUCAGAACCAAGAACUAUAGUCAGAACCAAGAACUACAGCCAGAACCAGAACUACAGUCAGACCCAGACCCAUAGUCAGAACCAGAGCUAAAGUCAGAACCAAGAACUAUAGUCAGAACCAGAACUACAGUCAGAACCAAGAACUAUAGCCAGAACCAGAACUAUAGUCAGAACCACAUUUAUAGUCUCUGUAACUUCUCUCACUUGUAUCUUAUUGUUCUUUUAAUAGCAGUCAGUUUGUUUGUGAACAGGUGCAUCAUAACAGCAGUCUGUAUGUGUGUGUGUGUGUGUGUGUGUGUGUAGGACUGGUCUCAGGCGGUUCACGGUUGCCUGCGAGCUGCAGAAAGUUACAAAUUGGUAGCCAUGUUGGAUUCUGCAGCGGCUGCACUCAAAAAGGCAGGAAGUCACAUGAUCCAAUCAGAUCAGUUCAGCCAGGAUGACAUCAUCAGGGUUCUGACCGAAUGCCUGAGUCUGACGGACAACGUCACUGACCCGAGGAUUCUGGGUAAUCACAGAGCAGAUGUUUCUGUGUUAAUGUCAAAAUAACAACAUUGUUUUAAUGAAGGCUUUUUAAAUACAGGUGAGUUGUACCUGUCAGUGGGUGUGUCUUACUGCCGGAUCAGGUGUUUCCAGGAGGCGGUGCAGUGUUUCCACCAGGCCCUGGGUCCAGCAGCUCAGCAGCCCCCCCUGCUGGCCAAAGUUCUGCACAACCUGGGAGCCGCCCUGAACUCGGAGGGCUGGUUCUCACCUGCCGUCCCCUACCACAGACUGGCUGCUGGACUGUACGGUGAGUCAGCUGUCAAUCAUCCCAUCACCUGUCAAUCAAUAAUCAUCAUGUUGGCCACGUUAAUUCACAUUCCUGGACACAUCUGUGUUUUUGUGUGUAUGUGCAGGCUCCCUUGGUUGCCGUGGCGAUCAAGCUCAGUGUUUCAGUAACCUGGGGAUUGCCUGUAGUCAGCUGGGUGAUGAUGAGGAGGCAGCAGAGAGCUUCAUCCUCGCUCUGCAGGGAUUCAGAGACACAGGUCUCCUCUCUGACUGUGACACAUUUAUUCAUGGUUAUCACCAUUUUCUGUUUUAGAGCAAUUUUGAAUUAAUGAGAGUGAAUCUAAACUUUUCAUCACAUUUGGAAUUUACCCCUGUGUGUCAUUAAAGGGAUAUUCCGGCGUAAAAUUAAUUUAAGGUCAAACACAUCGUAACAACGUGUUAGACACCCCCUCCAGAUAUGAAUGUUGCAGACCGCUUGCUUCUCUAGUUAUACAAACUUUAGUAACGACUGCAGGACAGCAAUACACAGUGGUCUGAGGAGCCAUACUCUCUUCCAGCAGCCGCUUGUUUGUAGUGAGACCUCAGGCCAGUCCAUUACGGACUAGAGUGGGGUGACGCAGCUCAAGGAGGAACAUUUAUGAUCAUUACUUUAUAAUUUCCUUGAAGUAAUAAUCAUCAUAUCAAUAAUUUUGCUCUGCAGACGCCGUAGUUGUUCUGCCUUUGCGUCUCAGUCUGAUUGUAUUUCCGUGAAGAAAUGAUCAUAAAUGUUCUUCGUUGAGCUGCGUCACGCCGAUGUAGUCCCCAAUGGACUGGCCUGAGGUCUCACUACAAACAAGUGUCUGCUGGAAGAGAGUACGUGAGUUGUAGUUAGUCUCUUUGCUAAAGAAAUUAGUCCAAUUAAAAAGAUGUUUGGUGGCUAGUACUAUGGCUGGGACCCUAUAUGUCCUGUUGAUGAAGUUAGGUGCUGUUCUGAGCAUUAUUUGUGGCUAUAGAGUGGUGUUUUGGUUGAGGUAUGUUUAUGGCUCCUCAGACCGCUGUGUAUUGGUAUGUGCGGUCGUUACUAAAGUUGGUAUAACUAGAGAAGCAAGCGGUUGGCAACAUUCAUCUCUGGGGGGUGUCUAACUUGGUGUUUGGGUGUGUUUGAACCUAAAUUAAUUUUACACCAGAAUAUCCCUUUAAAGGAACAUCUUAUCUUACAUCAUGUUUGCUGCUCCGCUCAGACUGACAAAAUCAGGUUCAUCUGCAGCAGAGAUAAGAUUCAUGGAGAGACUAAGAGCUGAAACCCUUUCUCUCUCUCUCCCUCUCUGUCUCUCUCUGUCUCUCUCUCUCUCUCUCUCUCUCUCUCUCUCUCUCUCUCUCUCUCUCUUUCUCUCUCUCUCUCUCUCUCUCUCUCUCCGUCUGCAGAGAACUACCUUGCUGAGGUCCAGUUGUGUGAGUCGUUGGCAGAGUGUUACCUGAGGCAGAGGAAGAAGCAAAAAGCUGUUCAGCUCUACAAACAAGCUCUGAGCGCGCUCACUAACUGCCAGGUAACUUCAUAUAUAUAUACACUGUAUAUAUAUAUAUAUAUAUAUAUAUAUAUAUAUAUAUAUAUAUAUUUAAACGCUAGAUAUUUUACACACGCUGUUAGCCAAUGGAGACCGACGUCUGUGCAUAAAGGCCAUCUUGCUUCAGGUAGCUCGCCCACUCCUAACAUUCCAGUCUACGGUUCAUGUAGCAUUUAAAUAACCAUAGAUUGAUUAAUUUUAAACUGAUUUUCAAACGGUUUGGUUUGUAACAAACCUCAGAGUUUUAGCUGUGUUCCUGCAUACUCAAGAAUAAUUUUAAGCAUGGAUUUACAUAAAUAAACAUUAAGCAGAUAGGUAGAGCAAUAGCUAUAGGCCUACACACACAAGGCAGUUUUAUUAAAUCAUUUAUAUAUAAAACAUUUAAUCAUUUCAUGUAUGUUAUAUUAGUAAUGUGUCUAUCAUAGGGAUAACAUAAUAACAUAUAACAAUAACAUAUAUGUGUUUAUUUUCAAUAUAAAUUUCUGCCUCAUGUUUCCAUUUUAGAUGUUUUUAACAAACCAAACAGUUUGGAAAUAAUGUGCAACUUAAGUUAUGUUGAAUCAAAAGAGCAUUUCUGCCUCUUUAACUGAUAUAAAAUUACUGGGUCAACUUUGUAAUAUGUACUUGGUCUCACUCACAGCAGGUUUGUUAGCCAAGUUAGACAGCUGAUAAACACAAGAACAUCCACAAAGACUGACACUUAGACUAAAUAAAAAAUAGGCUGCCAUGCAAGAAAUUAAAAUCUGGAUUGUGGCCUCAGCCUUGACAAAGCGACUCAGAGUUAGCCCUUGCACGCAAAUAGCCAUGAAACAACUGUGCUUCAUGAUUAAGUCUUUUUUUUCUCUCAAAGUAAAUCUGUCAUUUUAAUAUGUCCAAGCAUCCCGACUCAUAGCCACAUUAUUAAGGUCUGUAAUAAACAAAACCAUUUGUGAAUCUGUCAAGAUUUCAGCGAGUUAAGAAUAUUUUUGAUCAUGUAGAUUACUCACCUCCCUUCAGCUACCAUAGAGCGUACCAGAAUGGUAUACUGGAGUAAGAUGGCCGCCGUGUACGGACGCCGGUGACUCCGCCUUGAGUUAUCUAGCCUUUCUUAUAGAUAUCUACGGGUAACUCCAAACACCUGAGUGUUUCUGUCAGAGGUCAGAGGUCACGGUUCUGACUCACCUGAUAUUUUCAGUCUCAGGUUUUCGAUUUUUUCUCCCAGGAAUCCUCUGGGGGUCUGCGAGACCGCCUUGUAGACCGUCUGACUGCAGUCCUGCAGGAUCACUUCACACAGAGGCCGCACCCACUCAGACCAAACCCUUGCCAACCACCUGUCAGGAGGAAGAAUGAUGUCACACGAAGUCCAGGCCAAAUGUCCAAUCAGAUAUUAGACCACCACAGAGGGGAGGGGCCAAGUCAGUCUUUUCGUGACAAAUAUCACACACUUCACUCUGUGAGAUUACAACACAGUAAAUUUCCCAGCAUCCCGUUCUGCCCACAGAUCGAGGUACCACAGGCAGACAGGACACAGCAGGGGGUUCUGGGUCUGCACCUGACUACAUGAGCGUGGUACCUGGACCUCACAGGUAACACACAGACCUCUGCAGGGCCGAGAGCCUCAGGUUGAGAACCUUCCAGCUUUGACAGUUUGUUUCUGAUUCCAGCUCAGAGCAGAAGGAGCCACCGCAGGACGGUGAGUAACCACAUGUACUGUGACAGUAAUCAGCUCUAAGGUCACGAGGUGAAGGCGUGACGUACCUGCGUUUGUGUUUCCAGGUGAGCUGUGGUCAGAAAGAGAGAACCCGCCCACUUACAGGUAAGUGACACCUGUCAAUCAAUCACACAAAGUUUUAUUAAACAGAUAUAAAAAAUUAUCAAUUAAAUUCAUAAAACCUAUAUGUGAGCUGAGCUGUGAUUGGCUGUCUGUCAUUCUGGACCGUCAGGGGGCGGGGCUUUGAAAACACGUCACCGCAGUGUUUCCACAGGUCGGAUGAUCUGGUUACAAACUCACCAAUUUGUUUUCAUUUCAGUGAAACUUCAUUAGUCCAGGAGACACAAGCGCCACCCUCUCUCCCAGGUGACACCACAGAGGCCACGCCCCUCUUGGACAGCUGGAGAUCUCGGUUCUGUUCAGUGAUGUAGACUCACCUGAUGCUGUGACUGAUCAUAUUCUGACUUUGGUUUCCAUGGAAACACUGCAAACAGGAAGAAGUGGACUCUACAGAAUAUGUGACUUGAUGAUUUUUAUUUUAUUUUGAAGGUUUGCUCUGAAUUAAAGCUUCUUUCUUUUACUACUUUAUCAGGCUUUUAUUGUGAAAUACAAGUCUGGAAGUCCUGUGGAGAAUUCUAAUGUCCAUAACAACAUCUUAAUAAAUCCUUUGAUUUGUACUGAUUCUGUGGAGUUUAUUUGUCAGUUAAUCAAAUAUUUAUAAAACUAUUAUUACAAUUAUUGUGACGGCAGGUUUACUACAACUGAGGAUUUUAAUCCUGCUCAGAUGAUUUUAAAACUUUAGGUUUUAAAGAAUAAAUGUUGUAAAAUAAACAAAUAACCCACUAAUGAAGCCAAACUAGUUUUUUUUUACUUUACUGAUCAAUUAAAAUGUUGAUCAAUAAAUUACAUCCUUGAUCAGCUUUACUGUGAGACAAAAAGAGGGAAAAAAGGUUCAUUCAGCUUCAGAUCUGAUCUGGAAUCAGUGGCAGAAAUCAGUGAAACACAUACAAUGAAACACACAGUGAAACACACACAUACACACACACACACACAAACACACACACUUGGAGCUCCUCCCCCUGCUCGGAGCUCUGCAGGUUUCUCCUCAGUCUUCAAGGAGCUGCUGCAGCAAACAGACCUGGACUUCUCAGGAUCGAACCAGAACCAUUUUUUUUUUUGAUUCAGGGUACUUCAGGGAUCUUUGAGGAUCUUCGUCAACUCUGAGGACCUAUGGGGGUCUCUGUGGAUAUCUGAGGACCUGUGUUGGAUCCUGGGCAGAGAACAUGAGGACCAUCCAGAGCUGCUGAUCAGGUAAAUUCACAGAUUCUUUCACAACAAGAGCCUCACAGAAACAGCGCUCUGCUUUUUUAAACGUUCAGUUGUGUUUAAAAAUGAUCAAUCAAUCUGGAUCAAUAUUUAGACUUAUCUAGACUGUUCAAUAACUAAAACAUAAUAACUUAAUUUUAACUCAUAAGUGACUUUCCUGAAGGGGGCCAUACAAAAAAAAAAAACUACAGAUAUCUUUAUAUGUGUAAAAUGUCAAAAAUAUAUCUGUGAAUAACAACCAUUAAAGGCUGCAGCAGGUGAUGAACAGGGUCUUCUGUAUCAGAGGGUGUCUGUGCUCCACAGGCGGAAACUGUACAAUCACCAUCUUUGUAUCUGUCAAAGAACACAGAAGAAGGUUAGAGAUACACCUGACCAACAGUGAUCAACAAUGACCAGUGAUGGAAACAAUGACAACAAUAACAACAAUGACAAACAAUGACCAACAAUGACCAGUGAUGGAAACAAUGACAACAAUGACCAACAAUGACUAACAAUAACCAACAAUAACCAAUGAUAACCAAUAACGACCAACGAUGACUAACGAUGACAACAAUGACCAAUGAUAACCAACAAUGACAACAAUGACCAAUGAUAACCAACGAUGACAACAAUGACCAACAAUGACUAACAAUAACCAACAAUGACCAACGAUGACUAACGGUGACAACAAUGACCAACGAUAACCAACAAUGACCAACAAUAACCAAUGAUGACAACAAUGACCAACGAUAACCAACGAUGACAACAAUGACCAAUGAUAACCAACGAUGACAACAAUGACCAACAAUGACUAACAAUAACCAACAAUGACCAACGAUGACUAACGAUGACAACAAUGACCAACGAUAACCAACAAUGACCAACGAUAACCAACAAUGACCAACAAUAGCAAUGAUGACAACAAUGACCAACAAUGACCAAUGAUAACCAACGAUGACAACAAUGACCAACAAUUACUAACAAUAACCAACAAUGACCAACGAUGACCAAAGAUGACAGGGAUGACAGCAAUGAUCUUCAGUGACCAACAAUGACAAAUGAUGACCACCAGUGACCAACAAUGGCUUUCAUCAGCUGAUUACCAUCUGUUUAACUUUUUUUUUUCAGUUUAAUCAAUGUGCUUGAUUCUUUUGAAGCAUCUGCUGCAGAGACUUGUGGUAUGUUUGUGUGUGUGUUAGUGUGUGUGUGUGUGUGUGUGUGUGUGUGUGUGUGUGUGUGUGUUUUAUGAAAUUAUUGAUCCAGGAGAAGAUGGGAGAACUGACACCCUGUAGAGAAAAAGAGAGAGUGGUUGCCAAGGUGACACCAAGACCACACUCACACUGCCUCCAGAAAUAAACUGUGAUAGCUCUGCACAGAAACCUGACCUCAGGGUGUGUGUGUGUGUGUGUGUGUGUGUGUGUGUCUGAUUAAUCAAUACAAAACCUGAAACUUUGUUGAUAUUCUAGUGAAAGGGCUUUUAUCUGCUUUUAUUUUGAAGGGAGUUUCAGGUGCACACAGGAAGUCUAAAUAAGGGCGGGACUGAAUGUUUCAUGGUAAUAUUCUAUAGAUAUUUUGUCUUCUGCUCUACAGGAUGUCAGGUAACUGGUCCUUCCUGAGACUAUCAACACUAACCCCACCCACUAGCGCUAUAACCCCACCCAAUUCCAACACUUCCCAGUAUCCCCCCUUCUCAGACUGGGAAGCUCCCAGCUUCACCCGUGCCGCUCAGUUCCGUGUCGGCGCCACCUUCGUCCUCUUCCUGUUUGCCGCCAGCAGUAACCUGGCCCUAUUAGUCAGUGUGUGGUGUGGGCGUGGUCGGCGGCUGGCAUCUCAUCUCCGGCCGCUAAUGCUGAGCCUGGCGUCAGCUGACCUGAUGAUGACCUUUGUGGUGAUGCCUCUGGACGCCGUGUGGAACAUCACAGUGCAGUGGUAUGGAGGAGACGCCCUCUGUAAGCUGCUCUGCUUCCUGAAGCUGUUCGCCAUGUAUGCCGCCACCUUCAUCCUUGUGGUCAUCAGCCUCGACCGCCAGCACGCCAUCCUGCACCCACUGGACGCUCUGAGCGCACACUGCAGGAACAGACGCAUGCUGCUGAUGGCCUGGAGUCUUAGCCUGCUGCUCGCAUCACCACAGGUAAACACCAGCACAGGUAACAGUCAUCAUGUUUCAUGGAGUUGAGAGCAUGUCUGCCUCCCAGGUCCAUGUAUUAUCCGUCCAUUCAAUUAUUCCAUUCAAUCUAGUAAAUGAAAAACGAAAAAAAAAUAGUCAAUAUUUUGUUUAUUUGUUUUUCUGUAUAACCAAAAAAUUAAAAGAUUAGUGUUUGUUUUCGUAUUUUCAGUUCAAAACAGAAUACAUAAUAGAGAAGGAAACGAAAACAAAAAAAUAAAUCUAUUUUUCAUUGUCGGGUUAUUGAUGUCCCCAUUUCCCACGGUGCCUUUCUACUGUUCGCACAUGCGCAUUGCACAACAAAGUCGCCAACAACGUGGACCAAAAACUCCAGGCCAGAGCGGUAGAGAAAGCCUAUCCUGCUGUCAUGGAGAUGGACGCAUCCUAAGUAUUAGUCAAAGCCGCCAGGAGGGUCACGCUGAAGAAAAAACUCAGCGUUUCAGUUGCCAAGUCGGAAAAAAGCAGAAUCGGAGGCCCAAAACAAGAUGGCUACAUCUACGAAAGUUAUACUAGCGCCUUCCUUGUCCGCAAGCGCUAAAGUAACUUUGGUAGAUGUAGCCACCUUGUUUCAGGCCUCCGAACUUGCUUUUCUCCGACUUGGUAACUGAAACGCUGGGAACUCAGGUGUGACGUCAUUUUCAACUACGACAUCUGACUUCUGAGGUAACUUGAACGCAACAUUAAUGCUGAUUGGUUUAUAUUGCGUGGUGCCUUCUGUGGUUGGUUAGAUUUAGGCAUAAAGGACUAAUGGAUUGUUCUGGGAUUGGUCCGUCAAUCAGAGUUACUUAAACUACGGCUAGCCAAGUUUAUUAUCACGAAAAAAAUCAAUACAGAGUAUUGAACGAGGAAAUAUAAGCGUGAGAAAUGUCAAGUGUGGUGUGUGGUGUAAGAAUGGGUCAAAUUGCGUGACAGUCAAACUCAAAGCGUGACGCUCGGCAGCUCUGUUGUCUGACUGUUUUGUAGAUCAGUUUGAGGAUUUUAAACUCUGUACUAGAUUUAAGAAAAGGGGGAGGAGCCUGAAUUACACCUGAAGUAGUGAGUAAACUCCACUCAUACUGACUGUGAUAUAAAUCUACUAAACACGCCUACAGACUGUGAACUGUGAUUGGCUGCCUCUGUCUGUUCCUCAGCUCCUGCUCUCUGAUCAGAACACUUAUUAUUCAUGUUUCCUCUUCUCCAUCUUUUCCUGCUGAAUAUUUCAUGAAGCUGCUGCAGAUAACAUCUUUACAUCACACUGUUAUAAAUGAAUAUUAAUGCUGAGCUCAUCUGAGCAGCUCUGAAGGAAACCUGGAGGUCAAACUGAGGAGCUGUGAUCACCUCAGUCUGAGGGCAGAGCUGUUCACAUGAUUUAACUUUAUCAUCACUUCUCAUCUGUGCUGAGGGUCAGAAUCCCUGAGAUAAAGUCCUCCUGCUGCAGGUUCACAGUUUUCUGUUUCAGUCUGAACCUGAACUCAAAUCCUCCUGAACAUGAAAUCCCUGCAGGAAUGUUUCGAAUUAAAGUCGCCUCCUGCUGUUUGCUCCGGCUAACACCUCCCUUUAGUUUCUAUCAGGAAUGCUAACAAUGCUAAGAGGAUGCUAAGCAGAAACAGGCAGUUAGAAGGAUCACCUUAGGAGACCAGACCAAAACCAGGCUCAGGAGCGAGAACCUGAACCAUCAGAACCUCAUACUGAGGUGCUGUGAUACUAAAUACAUGAUGUUUAAUCCCAGAACUCCACCUGAGCUUCCUCUGACCCUCCACCUGUCCUCCUGCAGCUCCUGAUCUUCAGGGCGGUCCAGGUGGAGGGCGUCAACUUCACCCAGUGUGCCACUCAUGGCAGCUUCAGUCACCGCUGGCAGGAAACCAUGUUCAACAUGUUCCACUUCACCACGCUCUACAUCCUCCCCCUGCUGGUCAUGAGCUGCUGCUACAGCCGCAUCCUGCUGCACAUACACCUGCAGCACCUGAGGGACAGAGGUAACACACCUGAAACACACUUGAAACAUCUGCAGCACCUGAGGGACAGAGGUAACACACCUGAAACACACCUGAAACAUCCUGCUGCAUACACAUACAAGGAUAACAGGUAACACUGCAUCGACGUGUAAGAAAUGUGAACACACCUUCACACCUGCAGCACACUUGUAUCUGACUGUAAACAUGUGACACACCUGUAAAAACACACACCUGUGACACACCUGAACCACCAACUUCACCCUUUAUUUCCUGACAUUGUGACAUAACUAACAUAGCCCCUCCCUCUUUCAGCAGGUGAGUCGUACCUGAGGCGCAGUGGCACUGACAUCAUCCCAAAGGCUCGGAUGAAGACGCUGAAGAUGACCGUGGUCAUCGUGCUGUCCUUCGUGGUCUGCUGGACACCGUACUACCUGUUGGGGAUCUGGUACUGGUUCCACCCUGAUAUGCUGCAGGUCACACCUGAGUGCGUCCACCAUGCCCUCUUCCUGUUUGGAAACCUGAACACCUGCUGUGACCCCGUCAUCUACGGCUUCUACACGCCCUCCUUCAGGGCCGACCUCGCCGCCUGCUGCCGCCGCACCAGGAUAGACACCCCACCUCGCUCUCCUGACCACCUAUCAGCAAGGCCUCACAGCAAGGGGUCAGAGCCUCCCACCAAUCAGCAGCCUGCAGUAGACUGA